AUGCCGUUACUUUGUUCAAGAUGUGGUGAAGAUCAUUACACUAGCCAAUGUUGGUAUGCACCGAAAGCGAAUAAUUUCAUAGAUAACACCAACGGCGGUUAUUGGAACACAUACACCAACACGCCACGAGAGCCCACUGUUCAGGAGUGUUCUUUGAAUUCCGUCCUGGAAGAAUUUAUGAAAUCCACUCAAGCAUCUAUCCGGAGACUGGAGUUACAGUUGGAAGAAUUCAAGCGCCAAAGGGUCGAAAACAUGUUCAAGGGGUCCAGACGGCUGUCCGAAAUCGCAAGCAAAAUCCCAGACGGUCGUCCGGGAAACAGAAGGCCGCAUUCUGCAGCUCUGUCUAAGAAGGAGGAGAAGGAGAAGAAGGAGAAGAAGAAUAAGGAGGAGAAGGAGAAGCAGGAGAAGCAGGAGGAGAAUGAGGAGAAGGAGAAGAAGGAGAAGAAGAAGAAGGAGGAGAAGGAGGAGAAGGAGAAGCAUGAGAAGCAGGAGGAGAAGGAGGAGAAGGAGGAGAACAAGGAGAAGAAGAAGAAUAAGAUUGAUGGUUUUGGGUGUUGA